CGUCUACCAAGGCGGAUAGACCUACAGACGAGGGUUCUUCUACUGUACCUUCUACAAGUUCUGUUCCUGGCUUGCCGCAUAGAUUCAGUUCGUUGGCAUUUAUUGGUUUAUUGGGAGUUCCUCUACUUCUUCUGCCAGCGAUUUUCGCAAUAUAUAAAUUUGUUUUCAGGCACCGCAGGAAAAAGUAUUUGAUACUUGAUGAAACUUCGGGAGAUGAUGAUUUAGAUGACGUUGUUCACACAGACGUUGUUCACACAGACGUUCCAUUUGAUUGCGACGGAUAUUAUUCAGCCCAAGAAAUGAAGCAAGCCAUCCUGACAGAUACGUCUAUAGAACUAAACAGGGAAAUGUGCUACCCUAUGGACAAACCGGACAAAGGAAUUGCUUUCAUUUUGAACAACUACCUGUUUAAAGCAGACAGAGCGUUUGAAAGGAAGGGAUCUAAUAUUGAUUUGGUCAAUGUUAAGCACGUCUUUAAGGAGAUUGGCUAUUCACCUAAAGAAGCUCAAAAUCUAACUGCUGAGGGAAUAAGAAUGGAGCUAAAUAGCUUAAAAAAGAACAUCUUGCACUCCCACACCUCAGUCGUCUUAGUGUUCAUGAGCCACGGGGUUCCAGAAGGAAUUCUUGGUACUGACCAGAAAGUCGUAACCGUCGAGGAAAUCAAGAACAUGUUCUCGGGGAACAACUGUCCUGCCUUGAUCGGAAAACCAAAGAUCAUGUUCUUCCAGGCCUGCAGAGGAGAUAAAGUGACUCCAUGUGCUUCCCCAAAUAACAAACGCCCUGAAGAAGGUCCCGAAAAUAGCAAUGACAUCGUGAGCACUGAUGGGUCAACGCGAGAUGGAAGAGUUGAACUGGCCACAGACGAAGGGGAAAGCUCGAAACCAGAUAGGUCCAUGGUCAAAGCAUCACCUGAUAACAUAGAAGGAAGUGAGGUGGAUACCGACGGUGGGGUACCAGAUAAUGCCGAUGUCUACAUUGCUCAUGCUACUCCAGAAGGCUAUUUCUCGCUACGUGACAAGCAAAACGGAUCGUGGUUCAUCCAAGCCCUUUGUGAGGAGUUAAUCGCUAGUGCGCAUGCCCAUCAUCUUGAUGACAUCAUGAUGAAGGUAACAGAUAGAGUAAAGCAACACGAAUGUAAUAUUAUGGUAGGAGGUAAACGGCGACUCACUCAACAGACUCCGCAGAUUGUCAAACAAGGAAUAGGAAAGAAAAUAUAUUUCUUACCAAAAUAUCAACCGGUGCACCCACGAUCCAAGGCCACUGAACUUAAGUCUCAAUUGUGAGCUUGCAAUUUCAGACGGGAUUUCAAGA